AUGUACAAAUACGUGUCUGUCAUUUGCGUUCUGAUCGCCUGCGUUGCCGCCAAGCCAGGACUGCUUCUGUCGGCUCCACUGGCCGCUGUUCCCGCCCCACUGUUUGCUGCACCUGCUCCCGUUGUGACCGCCACCAGCAGCCAGGUGGUGGCCAGAAACUUCAAUGGCAUUGCUGCGGCACCCGUGAUUGCCUCUGUGCCGGUUGCAGCUCCAGUUCCGGCUGUCAAGGUCGUGGCACCAGUGGCCCCACGCAUAAUCUUGCCCUUUGCGGCUCCCCUGAUUGCAAAAUAUGCUGCCACUGCUCCAUUGUCAUACACAACAUCCUUGGGCUACGCCGCAGCCCCUCAACCAAUCUUUUUUUAG